AUGUCAUCAGAUGCCAUCAUCGCAGGCCUCAAGCAAGGCAACGCGAUUGAAAUGGCCUCGCUCGAAGAGGUGAAGGAGGGAAUGAGCUCUGUCAUUGAUGGACUGCUGAAGGAAUGCUACAACCGUAGCGAUGCGUUGAGCGAUCUUAUGGAGAAGGUACAACUGGAAAGCUCGAGCGCGGCGGCCAAAACCAUGACGGCAGAACAAAAAUUCCGGCUUACGAAAGCCAUCAGAGACGCUAUCGGAGACUGCGAAAAGGCUAUCCGUGUCAAUGAUGACAAGAGAGCGAGUGAACGUGUUCAGGCCUGGACAUAUAGACAAGCCGAAACGGACGUUUUGGACACAGUGCGCGAUCAUGCCCUAGCUCGAGAAAACAUAAUGGGUCACAGGAUGAAAAUCUCCGAAGACAAGGGCGAAGACGCGGAUCACGCUGCGCUACGAAAGUUAAACGAGGAAGAGCAUGAGCUCAGCCGAAAGCUUCUCUCCUCUUACAAAAGCGCAAGGAAAGACCUCAAGGACAGGCAAGAUCUUCGCAGUAAAGAGAUUGAGAACACGCACAAGACAUCGCAGAAUGCUUUGGAGAAGCAGAUCGAAAGUCUUAAGCGCAUCGCUACCAUUGCGAAGAUUGAUCUCAAAGCUACAAGUCGGGACGAGGCGUCAGAUGAUGUGUCAUUCCAGGAGGCGCAAGCCGCUCAUUUGAGUCUUGCUUCUUCUCCUGUUGGUCGCGGUGGUGGUGGUUCAUUUCAAUCACGGCCUACAGACCCAUUCCCUUCAAUUCCGGACAGUCAAACGUUGACAGUGGAUUACCUUCGCAGUUUGGGACGUUGA